AUGGUCUCCUCUCUGCUGAGUGCCCAGGCCUGGCGCUCCAAGUAUUGGACGCAGGCAGCAUACCAACGAGCCUUUUCGACCAAGCGAACGGCGGUAGUUGUUGGAGCCACGAGCGGAAUUGGAGAGGCAUGUUCUCAUCGAUUGGCCGAGCAGGGGUUUUGCGUUGUCGCCGUGGGACGUGAUCGACCAGGACGUGCCGAGCAAGUCGUUCAAGCGCUGCAAGAAAAGAGUUCGAAUGCAAUGGCAGAGCUGAAGGUUCAAGGCGAUAUUCCUCAGCACGAGUUUUUUGCCUGUGACGCUUUUUCUUUGAAGAAUGUCUACGAAACGGGGCAGCGCAUCCAAGAAAGGCAUCCCAAAAUUGAUGCCCUGGUCUUGUCUCAGGGCAUGGCCACCACUCAAGGUUUUACGCCGACAGCCGAAGGGAACGACGAGAAAAUGACGCUCCACUACUAUUCGCGAAUGUGUUUUAUACAGUCGCUGCUACCUGCACUACAAAAAAGUGACAUGCCGGCUGUAGUAGUCUCGGUUCUUUCUGGUGGCGUCCACAGUCCUUAUAAAGAUUACAAGACACAUCCUGGGUUGAAAUCCAACUACAGCAUGGCCAAUGCCGCCAAUGCGGCUGGUUACUACAACGAUUUGGGAUUGGAUCAAAUGGCACUGAAGUACACCCCUCUAAAAUUUGUUCAUGCCUGUCCGGGCUUUGUCAAUACCAAUUGGGGCAGCGAAUUCCAUCCAAUCUUGCGAGGAAUGGUGCGCCUGCUUCAGCCUUUCGGGCGCAAACCAGCGGAUUGUGCAGACUAUUUGAUGGGGUCCACCGUCUUGGCAGCCGAUGCGGGAGAUUUCCCUCCUUCAUCUGGCGUCGCGAUUGUGGGCCAAAAUGGCGAAAAAUUGGACGUUACAGCAGAGCAUACAGAAGAUGCUCGGACUCAUGUAUGGAAGCACAGUGUGGAAGUGUUAAAAGAGGCGGGUGUCCCAAUAGAGGAAUAA